ACACGUAGAAUUCAUGAAUGAGAGUUGUAUGUACUAUUAUAUUACUAAGUUUUUAGGAAAAUCGUCAAUAAGCUUUCCAGUUAACAAUUACAUGUGUUCAUCCGGAUUUAAAUAAUAACAAUAACAUGCAGCCCCAUUGGGAAGACAAAAAAUGUAGUGUAUGAGCUUCAUUAGGCAUUGCCAAAAAUAAAAAAUUAAGUUUUUGUUUUUUCUUUAAAUUAAGCUUAUUUCAAUUUAUUUUUUACAAUAAUAUGUGUCAAUCUUAACUAAAAUACUUACAUUCUUAGUCAAUUUUUAAAAAAAAUUAAAAACUUAUUUUUUAGAGGAAACUUUCAUUAAUCGUGCCCAUGAAGUUAGCUAUUUUUCAAUAUUCCAGGCUUGCCCUUCUGUCUUUCUGUCUUUUUCCUCUCUUUGCUGCGAUUUUCUAUGGUAUUUCUUCUUUUCAUUUCUUUCCCUCGUCUUUCUUCCUUCCCUUGUGUAUAAAGAAUCUGAAAAAAAUCGUUUAGAUUGGAGUAGUCGAAUCUAAACAAUCAUUUACAGAAGAGUUAAAAAAAAUCGUGUAGAUAAAGCUAAAUGAUCAUGCAACAAAAGAAUCUUGACAAACUUCGUUUAGAUUUGUACCAAAAUUUUGAAGAAAAAAUUACUUUACUUUGGCUACCCCAAUCUAAAAUCUAAAGGAUUUUGUAGACAAAUUAACGAUAGAAUUGAAAAAAAUAAAUCGUUUAGAUUUGGAUUUAGCUAUACAAAUUCAAAAAACAAAAAAUGAUCGUGUAUCAAACAAAAUAUUUUUUAUAUUUUCUAUUGUAGGCCGAUAGGUUUUUUUCGUUUUUGAAAUUGUUAUAUUUUGCCGCUUUUGUUAUAUUUUUUAAAAUAUGCUUCUUUUAUUCUCAAAUUUUGACAUGAUCUUUAAAAGAGGAUACCGAAAUAAAAAGAUAUAGAGAUAUUUAAAGAGUUAAGGAAGAAUCAAAUUGGCGAUUUCAGAUCCUAAAAACAUAAUCAAAUUAACCUAAAACAAAGUUUGUGGAAUUUCAGGAAAGUAGGCAUUGAUUUUGGUGUGCGGAAAAAGAUUCCUUUGAAACACGUGGCAUUUUAAUGAAUUAAAUUAAAAUGCUUCAAAUGACGGCAGCCCAAAAUUGGGCGUCAGAUUUGCUUAGGACAGAGAGCCAACUAAUCUUUAAACAUUGCAUUUAGACAAAGAAAAACGAACAAAAUUCUAUCUCCCCGCCAUUAAAAAACUAGCAUUGCCUUGUCCCCACUUCCACGGAACCAUUAAGAUCCUCCCACGUGUCCCUCCUUCCCCUUACAAACCCCCCUUCAUCUUUGAGGUUUAUUGUAUUAUCCUUGAGCUGAUAUUCAAUCACCCAAAAGGGUGUACUACUCUCGUAUCUCUGGCCCAUUGAUGCUUCAAUUGACUUAAAGUUUUGUUUUACAAGUUGUUUGACUGCUUCCUUGUGAAAUCUUGUCUUGUAAUGAACUAAUUACCCUUUUCCUUUUUUCAUUAAUUGAAUAGGGAAAAUUAUAGCAGUAAAAAAAGCUAGAUCUGAAAAUGGGGUUUUCCCCAUUUUAUUCAAGUUGUGGUUGGUCAAACCACCUUGAGGAAGAAGAUGUCUCAGCUUCUUUAAUUUGAAGUUUGAACACUUUUUUUUCUCAUCUAUUCUGAAGUUGUAGAGUGUUUUCUUCUUUUACCCAGAUCGGAUUUUUGAGAUUGAUUGAAUAUCCCAACUGUAAAUUGAAGCAACUCUGUUGGUUUUUGUGUUCAUUUUUGGAGCUAUUGAGUUUUCAUCAAUGGUGGCUAGUUUCGUGAUUAACCCAGCUGAGGCAUUACGAAUUUGGUAGAGGGGUUGCUUCAUCUGUUUGAUUUUCAAGCCAAUAAGGGUUUUUUCUCUCCUUUAUUUCUAGGAACUGGAUGCUGAAAUCCCUUUGAUUGACUAGUUCAGGAUAGUCAAGUCUGUUCUUUGAACUGAUGGUGGAGGAAGAGAAGCUUAAAAUUUCUGUUGAAGACUUGGAAGAAGAUGAGCCACAGAAAGAGUCUAAUGUCUCUAUUGGGUCAGCUCUUUAUUGGUUCAAAUUACUGGUUACUGAAAUGCAUUGGAGUUUUGUGUUUGGAGUGGUGAUUGUUUAUGGAAUUAGUCAAGGAUUGGGUGGAGCACUUAACCGUGUCUCCACCAAAUACUAUAUGAAAGAUGUUCAGAAAGUACAGCCAUCUGAAGCACAGGUUUAUUCAGGCAUUACCUCAAUUCCAUGGAUGGUUAAGCCUAUCUGGGGUCUUUUCACUGAUUUAGUCCCCAUUCUUGGAUACCAUAGACGGCCUUAUUUUGUUUUUGCAGGUCUUCUUGGUGUGAUCUCUUUGCUUUCGUUAGCCCUACACGAGAAGCUGCAUCUUGUGCUCGCGAUUUUGUUGUUAACAGCGGGAAGUGCCAGUGUAGCCAUAGCAGAUGUAACCAUAGAUGCAUGUGUAGCACAGAACAGUAACAUUCAUCCUACCCUUGCAGCUGAUUUGCAAAGUUUGUGUGCCUUGAGUUCUUCAAUCGGAGCAUUACUUGGAUUCUCGAUUAGCGGAAUCCUUGUUCAUCUGAUAGGCUCUAAGGGAGUAUAUGGUUUGUUAGCAAUACCUGGAGGGCUUGUAUUUUUGGUUGGAAUUCUACUUAAUGAACCCCAUAUGCCAGACUUCAAUUACAGACAGGUAAACGAAAAGUUUGUCGGUGCUGGGAAGGCUAUGUGGUCAACGUUAAAGAUUCCAGAUGUGUGGAGGCCGUGCCUAUAUAUGUAUCUAUCUCUUGCAUUGUGCCUUGACAUCAAUGAGGGACUCUUUUAUUGGUACACAGACUCAAAAAAUGGUCCGAAGUUCUCUCAGGAAAAUGUUGGUUUCAUUUUCUCAAUUGGUUCAGUUGGGUCUCUUUUAGGAGCUUUACUGUAUCAGUAUGUUCUCAAGGAUCAUCAGUUCCGCGACUUGCUUUUCUGGACUCAAUUGAUUUUCAGUUUAUCUGGGAUGCUUGAUUUCUUGCUUGUUUUGCGUUUGAACUUGAAAUUUGGAAUACCAGAUUACUUCUUCAUUGUUAUAGAUGAGAGUGUACAUCAGCUUGUUAACAGGCUAAAAUGGAUGCCUCUUCUAGUCCUCAGCUCCAAGCUUUGCCCAAGAGGCAUUGAAGGAACUUUCUUCGCUCUACUUAUGUCGAUUGACAACGUUGGACUUCUCUCAGCAUCAUGGGGAGGCGGUUUCCUGCUGCAUAUCCUUCAAGUUACUCGAACGAAGUUCAGUAAUUUAUGGCUAGCCAUUUUGAUUAGGAACUUAUUGCGACUUUCCCCUCUCUGUAUGCUGUUUUUGGUGCCUAGAGGUGAUCCAAAUUCUUCGAUUCUUCCAACCGAGCUGCCAAGUUCUGAAGUCGAUAACGAUACUUCUGAAGAAGCCGACAACAUUGAACUGGUUUCCCUUGUUAAUGGGAUGGACAUAGAUAACCAGAAAGAAGCUUUCUGAUACUGAGGCUAAAAUGGGAUGAAGCUGUUUGUAGAUAUGAUCUAAAAGCAAGCAACCAAAAAAGCAGAAGGUAGAUUUGAAGUUAUGAAUAUCUAUUUAUCUGCUGAAUGCCCCUUUCAUUUUCCACUUCUGUUGCAUAAAAAAUUUUGUAUUACAUUUCUAAUUACAGGAUGUGUUAAUGCUUCACAUGUAAGAUUCAAAGAUAAGAAAGGACUCAAAUUCUUGGAUUAUUUUCUUACAUAACAAUGAAAUAUCAACUUAUUCUUCUUCCUCUCA